AUGACUCCCAUUCCCACGAUUUACUCCACUGAUGUUCUCACCACGCCCGAAUCCUUUCAGGUUCGGCGCCCCAACAACCUGAACGAAUUCACCAUGCAGUCACGUCUCAUGACAGAAGAGGAAGCAAAGGUUGGAAAGCGCUCCGAGUGGUUUCGCGUUAACCUUACUGGUCCAGUGAAGAAUUUUCCGCGAAAUCUCUGUUACCUAACGUACAUAACGACAUUGGUAAUCAAGAACAACCACCUAGAGCGUCUGCCCCCGGAGCUCGGGAACUUGGUGAACCUGGUUAACCUGGACGCGAGUCACAAUCGACUGAGAGUUCUGCCGCCCACUCUUGGUGACCUCACCGAUCUCCGGGCCCUCAUUCUCAACGAUAACCAGAUCUCUGACCUUCCCCUCGAAAUCGGACGUCUCCUAAAUCUCCGACACUUUAACCUUCUCGAUAAUCCUUUGAACCCGGAAACGGGGUCUCUCUACGGAGAUGGAGGCGAACCCUCCAUUCGGCGAAUGAUUCGGCACUUCCUCGACUGCUACUACCAACAAAUGCAAAGCCCGGUGGCAUAUAUAUCUACGGUCUUCAAAAUGCACCCGACGGAUGCUCGCCCACCUGGUUCAGCGGAUUCGCACCGUGAUCGCAGCACUCCGCAAGAGAUUGCAUCACCGACGAGACCCAAUUCUUCGAACUGGUCUGUACUCAAGAAAGUGGAUUCCACGUCGGAAACCGAUUGUUGCAGUUCUCCAGACUCAGCCGUUGUUACCGGAAGUGAGUCCCUUGGGAGUUCUGACAGCGUCGAUUCGUUGGAUAUCAUAAAAGCAGAAAGUCCCUCAACCAAACGUAAUGUCCCCUCCAAACACCGGAGUAAUCGUCGCUAUCGCCGAUGGUGCCAAAUGAGACCGGAUUUAUCGAAUUCGAGCUCGUCACCUGGAUCGUCGGCUCUUACCGAUAAUAAGAGUCUCGACGAUAGUACAAAAAACGCUAAGCAGCAUUCGCCAAUACCCACAGCUGUCGUGAGGAACACACUCGAGUGUCCUGUGGUUUUUCCAUCUUGGUCUUGUCUACCAGGAAACGCAUCUCCACCGUGCGCCCCAUAUUUCCCCACAUUGCCUCACUGGGUUCACCUGAACUGGGUACCACAUCUAAUGCCAAGUAAUGGUGUGCCUCUUCAGAAUCCCCUUGGGAGCGUGAUGGUUGAUCUUACGGGUCGCGAUGUCGCGUACUCCGUCGAGCGUUUGCCUCCUGUACCCCAGAGCAUACUUAAAAAUCCUUAUGAAAAAAUAUCAGUUUCCCCAUCCUACCCGGAGGCUGAUCAGUUCCGUGGAGCAUUUGCUCAACCAUUCUCGCCACCUCCGGCGUCCUCAUCGGAGUCUGGCGCAGAGAGUACGCAAAGUCGUUCAGAGAUCAAUAACAUAGUAUCUACCCCCACUUGGCACAUACCUCCCUUUCCAUCGGUGUACAUACCCCCUCCCCUCCGAAUUCCCCGGGCUCUAGACCACUGCAAGUCACUCAAAACCUGUGCAGUGCCUUUUAGCGAGUUCUCUCAUUACUUCAAUUCCUCCCCACCUCGACGGCAGUGGCGACAAUUGGGGAGUCCUUCGAAGAAUGGCUAUCGACUCACUUUAAUGUGCUACAACGUGCUGAGCUCCAACUACGCUACCUACUCCCAGUACCCGUACUGCCCCACUUGGGCAAUUGACUGGGAGUAUCGACGCCGUGGAAUCUUGGAAGAACUUCGACUCUACGCACCCAAUAUCAUCUGCCUUCAAGAGAUCGACACCGAUCAGUUCGAGACUGUCUUCGUGCCGGAACUGGCUAAAAACAAUUACGAGGGUAUUUUUCUGGCCAAAUCACGCUCCCGGACAAUGGAGCCUGCAUCGGCACGGAAGGUGGACGGUUGUGCCAUUUUCUGGCUAUCCGAAAAGUUCACCAAAGUGACCGAAUUCCGCUAUGAAUUUAUGCUGUCGUGCUCAAAUGUGAGCGAACACCCCUCCCCGCUGCUCCUGAACCGUGUUAUGACCCGUGACAAUGUUGCUAUCGGUGUCGUUCUGGAAAUCAAGGCUCCCUCGCCUGUUUUGGCGAAUGGGGUGGUGCGCGCCGAUGAAGGCGACGCGAAGGUCGUGCUGCUCGUGCCCCCCUCACGUGGCCGCAGCGCACGCGCGGUUACUACUGGCCUUGCCACCCAAAUCACGUCCAGUUUAGUAGCGCCCACUUCUACCAAGAAUACUCAUCCACUUAAGUCGGUGAAUGAUAUAUCUUUGUUCUCCGUUGUAGCUGGCAAUAGUCGAAGAUUUUGCGUCUCCACAGGCCACAUCCACUGGGAUCCAGAGCAUUCGGACGUGAAAUUGAUUCAGACAAUCAUAUGGACCGCGGAGUUGUGGUCUCAUCUGGAUAAGCUUUGUGGAGACAGUGGAAAACCAGGCUCUGGCGCCUCUCGGAUGCCCGUGGUGCUUUGUGGUGACCUCAAUUCCCUGCCCACAUCGGGUGUGGUCGAGUUUCUCUCCAAGGGCUGCGUGCCCACGUCCCACGUAGAAUUCCUCAACUUUGGUUUCAGCUACCAGUUCGAGGACUGGAAGAUGCUCGAGAAAUGGGCUGUUGACGGCGACAUUUUGCGCCACCGUUUUAACUUUGAUCGUGCCUACAAGGGUGGAAUUGCUGAUGGCAUGAAAAUCACUAAUUUGACGUGGGUCUUUUUAUUUACUUGCUCAGUUUUUGUUAUACGAGAAUUGUGUGUGGGUGGGGAUCAAAAAUCAGCCUUUGAGUCUUUAGCCAAACUGUUGUAUCUAGUAGCCUCAGCUUUCUCGUAUGAUUUCAAGGGGAUGAUCGACUACAUAUUUUUCACAAGACACCAUUUCCGCUUGCUGAGAAGUCUUGACCAGAUUCCCGAGUCUUGGUUCAUGGAAGAGCGAAUUUUGGGCUGCCCCCACAUCCACGUUCCCUCCGAUCAUUUCUCGCUACUAGUGGAGCUGGAUUUGCUGACUCAGCCUGCUCGCGGAUUGGCCAUUUCCGACCCUUCUGACGCGACAGGCCUUGACAACACCACCACAGUCUCCGCUCCUGCCCCCUCUGUGACGAACAGCCCCAAACCAAAGGGAUCCGCCGUGCAGAGACCGAAACAAGGCAGGCGCUAG